AUGUGGGAAUCAGUAGAACCACCGCCGCUCGCAAUUGAGAUCCUCACCGACCCAAAAGAAAAGAAAGACGCCCUCAAACUCAUCGUCGACAGCGUCGCUCAACAACGCCAAACGGCCUCGCGCACGCUCAUCUUUCACCCCGUCUCUCUCUCCAUAUUCACAGCUUGCCUCGCAAUCGCACACUAUGGCGCCAACAUCGGCAGCGACGUAAGCACCAUGCUCAUCAUAUACCCCGGCAUCAUCCUCACGUACUUGGUCGCAAUUCGCUACUUUACCAGCGCAUAUAUCCGCAUUGCUGAAGAGACAAACUGGCUGGAUUGGAUCAAGGAUGAUACUAUCGUCGGAGCUCGUUUCGGAGACGAGAUUAUUGGAGCCGUCAUUCUUCGACUCGAUCGCACGGAAAAGACAGCAAUUAUCCGUGGGUGGACGACUAGGCCGCGCUAUCGUGGUCGCGGUCUUGGAGGUGACGUGCUGAACGAGACCGUCAAGAUUGCAAAGGAGUUGCUGGGCAAGGAUUGUACCGUUGAGUUUGCGCCCGAUCACGCGAAUAGUCAUAUGCCUUUGUACAACAUCUUCAAUGGGCCAUUCCAGGCGAGGGAAGCGAAAGCGAAAAAGGUGUUGGGUGCUGCACUGAAGGAUUCGGACAAGAGUAAAGAUCGAUCUCGGUAG